GAGAGGAAGUCCCUCAGCCCAGGCACAAACCCUGGGCGCUCCCGGCGGUCUCGUACUCCCACAGCCGCAAGGUCGGCGCGGCGGGGCGGGGUGGGAAGCGGGGAGUGGGGAGCGCAGGCGCAGUGUCCGCGCCGGCGGCCCCUCUCCCUCCCCGCCCCUCUCGGUGACCCGGGUCGCGGUUUUCCAGGCCCGGCGCUCAGCGGCCUCGGCUGGCUCCGAGGCUGUCCUAGGCGCGCUGCACACCGCAGCCCCGGCCGGAGCACCGGGCGCACCUUCCUCGCCGCGACACGCAGAAUUGCUUAUCUGAAGAAAUGGAUACUUCUCCCUCCAAAAAAUAUCCAGUUAAAAAACGGGUGAAAAUACAUCCCAACACAGUGAUGGUGAAAUAUACUUCUCAUUAUCCCCAGCCUGGGGAUGAUGGAUAUGAAGAAAUCAAUGAAGACUAUGGAAAUUUUAUAGAAGAAAAUCCAAAGAAAAGUCUGCUGAGUGAAAUGAAAAGAAAAGGAAGAACUUUCUUUGGAACUGUGGAUACCAGACCUCCACCAACAGAAGAUCCAAUGACCAAUGAGAUUAGACAAUUCCAGAGCUUUGCAGAAAAAAACAUUUUUCAGUCCCGAAAAAUGUGGAUAGUGUUGUUUGGAUCUGCUUUGGCACAUGGAUGUGUAGCUCUUAUUACUAGGCUCAUUUCUGAUCGUUCUAAAGUUCCAUCUCUAGAACUGAUUUUUAUCCGUUCUGUCUUGCAGGUCUUAUCUGUGUUAGUUGUGUGUUACUAUCAGGAGGCCCCCUUUGGACCCAGUGGAUACAGAUUACGACUAUUCUUUUAUGGUGUAUGCAAUGUCAUUUCUAUCACCUGUGCUUAUACAUCAUUUUCAAUAGUUCCUCCCAGCAAUGGGACAACUAUGUGGAGAGCCACAACCACAGUCUUCAGUGCUAUUUUGGCUUUUUUACUUGUAGAUGAGAAAAUGGCUUAUGUUGACAUGGCUACAGUUGUUUGCAGCAUUUUAGGUGUUUGUCUUGUCAUGAUCCCCAACAUUGUUGAUGAAGACAAUUCUUUGUUAAAUGCCUGGAAAGAAGCCUUCGGGUACACCAUGACUGUGAUGGCUGGACUGACCACUGCUCUUUCUAUGAUAGUGUACAGAUCCAUCAAGGAGAAGAUCAGCAUGUGGACUGCACUGUUUACCUUUGGUUGGACUGGGACAGUCUGGGGAGUAUCUACCAUGUUUGUUCUUCAAGAACCCAUCAUCCCAUUAGAUGGAGAAACCUGGAGUUAUCUCAUUGCUAUAUGCGUCUGCUCUACUGUAGCAUUCUUAGGAGUUUAUUAUGCCUUGGACAAAUUCCAUCCAGCUUUGGUUAGCACAGUACAACAUCUGGAGAUUGUGGUAGCUAUGGUCUUGCAGCUUUUAGUGCUGCACAUAUUUCCUAGUGUCUAUGAUGUCUUUGGAGGGGUAAUCAUCAUGAUUAGUGUUUUUGUCCUUGCUGGCUAUAAACUAUACUGGAUGAAUUUAAAAAGGCAGGAUUAUCAGGAAAUACUAGACUCUCCCAUUAAAUGAAUAACUGAUUAUUAUUAUCUUGUUAAUGUUCAGUUAUUAAUAUGUAUGCUGCCAUUUUAAUGUUUAUAAAUGUCUUCUGUGUUGUAUAAUUGACAGUGUUAUAUAAUUAAUAUAUACAGAUACAGAAAAAUUUAUUCUAUUCUAAUAUAUUCAAAUACAAAUAUUAAAUAUGUGAAAUAUGU